AUGCCAUAUCUUACCACCAACGACGGCACCGAAAUCUAUUACAAGGACUGGGGCCACAAGGAUGCUUCCGGCACUGUUGUCUUUUCCCAUGGCUGGCCGCUGAACAGUGAUAAUUGGGAGAGCCAAAUGUUCUUUCUAGCCAGCAAGGGAUACCGGGUCAUCGCUCAUGACCGCAGGGGUCACGGCCGUUCAAGCCAACCCUGGACAGGCAACGACAUGGACACCUACGCAGACGACUUGCUGCAGUUGUUCGAACACCUCGACUUGAAGGAUGUGAUGAUGGUCGGACACUCAACAGGCGGUGGUGAAGUUGCCAGGUUUCUAGGCCGUCACGGUUCCAGUCGCGUCAAGAAGGCGGUCCUGGUCAGCGCGGUGACGCCGCUCAUGCUCAAGACCGAAGCCAAUCCCAAGGGCACGCCGAUCGAGGUCUUCGACUCCUUCCGAGCCGCCAUGAUCAAGGACCGCUCACAAUUCUUCAUCGACGUCCCCUCUGGUCCGUUCUUUGGCUUCAACCGUCCCGGCGCCAAGGUCUCCCAGGGUCUCAUUCAGUCUUGGUGGCAACAGGGGAUGAUGUGCGGGUUCGUCAACUCGUACGAGUGCGUCAAGGUCUUCUCGGAGACAGACAUGACUGAGGACUUGAAGAAGAUUGAAAUCCCCGUGUUGAUACUGCACGGUGACGAUGACCAGGUCGUGCCGAUCGAAGCGAGCGCCCACGAGGCUAUCAAGCUGUUGAAGAACGGCAAGCUGGUGGAGAUCAAGGGGGCACCUCAUGCGUUGCCGAACAUUAAUCCGGAUGAGGUGAACACCGAACUGCUGAAGUUUUUAGAGGAAUGA